AUGUCUCAAACAAAUUCUUCUGGUUCUAGCAAGACAAAUAAACGUCGUCAUGUAGACUCUUCUUCAUCCGAUGAAGAUGUUCCUUCUGACAUUACAGAUGCUUGGCCUCGGUUCAUUGUGAUAUCAUCUUCGGAUGGAAACCCAUUGAAAUUAAAUCCAUUUGCUAUCUCCAAAGGCAUUCAAAGUGCCUGCGGAGAAGUGAAAAAUGUCACACGCCUUCGAAACGGUUCCAUUUUAGUGGAAUGUGUAAGGAGGCAGCAAUCUGUCAAUCUGCUUGGUUUACAGCAGUUUGUUAAUACACAGGUUGUUGUUUCAGUGCACAAGACACUGAACUCGAGCAGAGGCAUUGUAAGGGAUCUAGCUCGUUGUCUGACUGACAUGAGCGAGGAAGAGAUAGCUGCAGAACUGAAAAACCAAGGAGUAACACAGGUCAAACGUUUCACAAGGAAAACUCAAGAUGGCAAUAUUGUGAAAACGCAUACUUAUCUAUUUACCUUUUCUUUCCCAGUUAUACCAAAAUGUAUCAAAGCAGGAUACUUCAAUAUCGGCGUGGAUGUUUAUGUACCACAUCCGCUUCGAUGCUUCAAAUGUCAAAAGUUUGGUCAUGGGGCCAAGUUCUGUCGUGGCAAGGAGGCAGUAUGUUGCCGUUGCAGUGGAGCACAUGACAGCUCCGAGUGCACACAUGAUUUGAAAUGUGCUAACUGCAAAGGAGAGCAUAUGGCUUCCUCCAAGUCUUGUCCAACUUUUGAAUAUGAGUCAAAAAUCUUGAAAAUAAAGCAUACCAAAAACAUCACAUACUCAGAAGCCAAAUUACUUGUCCAAUCUACAGCAGCUCCGUCUUCUUCAGUUAAAACUUACUCGGCAGCAAUUUCUUCCUCAACUCCACCCCCUAGAAUUGUUACUUCUUCAAUAUCGUGCCAGACUGACAUCUCGUGGGUCAAGGAUAAACAGGUUAUCCUUGAUGUCUCCCCCCAGAGAAAUCAGUCAGUUUCUACAUCUUCGUCUCAGACUGAACCAGAAACUGAGCCUGACACAGUAAAGUUAACUGCCAAAGAAAAAAAGAGACUAAAAAAGAUCAGAGCACUCCAGAAUGUUGAAUCUUCUCAUGUUUCCUCUCUUGAGGUUCAUAAUACAUAUGAGAUACUGGAAGAUAUGGAUAUCUCCCUCAUCCGCGUGCACGCGACAGAAGCAAGUCGCCUCGGACUGGAAAAGUAG